CUUUCUCUCUCUCUUGCUCUCGUUCUCUCUCGCUCUCAGGCGUCCUAAUGAGAGAGAGAGAGCUCUGUCGUGGGCUAAUGUGAAGGAAGCGCAGAGCUCUGUGCAGUAAGUUUGCUAACUCUUAAAAGAGAUGCAUGGCGAUUAUUAAAUCAUGUUGGAUCUGUCUUAUCUCUGCUAUGUUGCAUGCCGAGAGAUGGAGAGCAGUUGGCAAGGAAGAAUGCCCUUUAACCUUUAAUAUGGCAUGAAUAUGCUGUGAUGGACUUCAUCUAUCGGUGGAAUGAGUGUCGUGGGACAUUAAGACCAUUCUGUCAUGGGGGACUUGAGAGAUGAGUGUGGGCAGUGAAGAUGACGGGAAGUAUGACCUCUAUAAGCUGAAAGCCCCUACCGUGCUCCAGAGAUGUGCUGUGUAAAUGCUAAUGUGCUCUGAAUCCACAAUGCUCCGGAGGUGGCUGUUAGCUCUGGUGGCCCGUGUUGGGGUCAUAGCACUAGUGGUGUGCUGCUGCCUGUCUCUACUCUACCUGCUGGCCUGCAAACCCCAGAGCAGCUACAGCCAUGAACAGGCCCAGGUCUGGGCUGGAGGAGCCACCAGUAAAGAGGGUUACCUGGCGCUACUGCAGGAGAGCGAGGACACACACAGGCACUAUAUUAACAGUCUCAGUAAGCAGAUAGCUCAGCUCAAAGAGGCUCUUCAGAUGAGGACCCAGCAGCUGCAGGAGUCUCUGGAAAAGGCCAGGGCCAAAGGGGUUCUACCUAUGGGGCUGGAGGGCCUGCAUAGGCCCCAGACACACACCGACCUUCAGGAGUUCUUCAAGGCCCAAUUGAGCCGGGCUGAGGUCCAGUCUGGUGAGAAGUUGCCCAGUGAGUACGCCGUGAUUCCCUACGAAAGCUUCACCCUGCACAGGGUGUACCAGCUCGAGAUGGGCCUGACCCGUCAUCCAGAGGAGAGGCCUGUGAGGAAGGACCGGAGAGACGAGCUGACAGGCACGCUAGAGAUAGCCCUGCAGGUCCUCAACGGACCCCGGAAACACGGAGAGCGCCGCCGACGCUCCUAUUCACCAUCGGACUUCAUAGAGGGGCUGACCCGUACAGAGCGUGACAAGGGGACAGUGUAUGAGCUGAUGUUUAAGGGCGAGAGGCCGCAGGACUUCAGACAGCUGGUGUUCUUCAGACCCUUCGGCCCGGUGGUCAGGGUGAAGAAUGAGAGAGUGGACACACGCCACAUGCUCAUCAACAUCAUAGUACCUCUGUCCAGGAGGGCUGACACAUUCAGACAGUUCAUCAACAACUUCAGAAAGGUGUGCAUCCAGCAGGAAGGGAAGACCCACCUCACUGUGGUCUACUUUGGCAGGGACCAGAUUGAUGAGGUCAAAGCCAUCAUGGAUCAGACAUCCAGGGAAACCCAGUUCCGAAACUUCACACUGAUCCAACUGAAUGAGGAAUUCUCUCGUGGGCGGGGCUUAGAGGUGGGCGCACGGGCCUGGAGGCGGAGCCACAACGUGCUGCUCUUCUUUUGCGAUGUCGACAUCCACUUUACCCUAGACUUCCUCACAUCCUGCAGACUCAAUGCAGAGCCUGGUAAGAAAGUGUUCUACCCAGUUCUCUUCAGUCAGUACAAUCCAUCUCUUAUCGACAAUAACCAGAGUCCCUUCCCUUCUAUUCAACAACAACUGGUGAUAAUGAAGGAUGCUGGAUUCUGGAGAGAUUUUGGGUUUGGCAUGACUUGCCAGUAUAGGUCUGAUUUCAUCAACAUAGGUGGGUUUGACCGGAACACCAAAGGCUGGGGUUUGGAGGAUGUUCACCUAUACAGAAAGUACCUGCACAGCAAGCUGAUGGUGAUUCGAUCUCCCUCCCGUAGUCUCUUCCACUUGUGGCAUGAGAAGCAAUGCGCGGACGAGCUGCAGCCAGACAAGUAUAAGAUGUGUAUGCAGACCAAGGCCAUGAGCGAGGCCUCUCACGGCCACCUGGGGGAGCUGUUCUUCACACAGGAGAUCCAGGAGCACAUGGAGAGGCAGAAACUACUGAACGACUCAAGUCAUUUGAGGUAGAGGUUGCCCCAUAACCACAGAUCUAAGAUCAGAAUUCCCUACCCCUUAUCCUAGCCUUAACCAUUAGGAGGUUGAACUAUAUCUGACCCUGGACCUGUGGUCAGAGUUAGGAAAUCAGAACGUCUGGAGAGGUUCUGUUGAGAGAACAAUGAUCUCAUCAUCCUACAGACUGAAUUUAAGGACUGGGGAGGGUGUGUAGAGGGAUGAGACAUGAACUUUGUCAUGACAAGAUUAAAAUGUUAUUGAAUGAAACAUUGAUGUGAUGUCAUGUACGUCGUCAUUGCCAUUUUGCUGACGGAUGAUGGCCUAAUGAUCUGAUGAGUCUGUUCUAUGAGCAUUUGGUUGAAAAGACGUUGCAAAGAUGUCUUUCAACUUCUUGUGCUCACUGGGAGAAAGCAGGGAGGGCAGAAGAACCUUACCCACUUUGUUGUAUUGAGACUGUCAACCUGCUAUGGACAAUAUUUUGCAAUAUUUUUGCAUAAAUGAAGGGAAGAAUGUUUUUGUAUAACACUUUGUAUUUAUAACUGUAUCUGAAUAUUUAUUAGAAUAAUACAAGAUCAUAAUGUCUCAACCAACCAACUGACUUGGAGCCCAUUACCUGGAUAGAAGGAUCAAGAAGCCUAAUUAAAAGAAUGCGGAUUGCAUGCACUA